GCCAAGCUCCACCUUGCGACCGCACCAUGGUGCGAUACUUCACUCCUUCGAGUCCCAAUCGUAAUUUUAGAGGCAGCCAGAAUGGCGAAAGUGAGGAAGAUAGCCUCUGUAGUCUCGCCUCCCAGCGUGGGAGCUUCCGAUGAUAGCGAUUCCGCAAACCAACAACUCCGCAUCGAGAGCGAGAUAAGCCAUGCCCUUCCGCAAGACGAUCAGGAAGGAUUGAAGCAGAUAAACGAGCGGGCGCAAGCAGAGGCAGACGCUCCUUCAGUACAACGACCGCCUCUAUUCAAGAGGUCUGCUGUGCAAGGGGCGAGCUUGCUCAACGCAGCUCGUGUGGAGAAACGUCCAGUUUCCGCUCAGGUGAUGCGACCGUUCCCUAAUCAGAAGCAAACCCGAACAAACGGCCUGCAGAGCAGCCCUCCGCAGAACACGGGGAAAUAUGAGCGGCCGGGCAAGCUCAAGCCGCCGAACUUUAAUGCCGACCACUUGGCCAAGCUGUCUCGAGACGGGCGUGCGAUGGACAGGAGGCCCGACGUGUACGAAUAUCCCGAAUCCCCAGAAAAGGGCCCGUAUAAAGACCCACAGAGGGUGAACCACAAACCUCUGAAGGUCACAAAGAAGCCAAUGGCGAAAAGAGGGAAGAAGGUCAUUGCGGAAUCGCUUCCCGCACCAGAACCCCAAGGAUUCGAGGCUGAGCCUGCCAAAGAAGACACACACACACCCUCCCCGCCACUAGAAAGACCACCUAAUACCACCACUAUUGAAAUGCAAUUUCCGGAUGGAAGAUUCCGCUGUACCGGAACCAUCAUUUCGAGCAUCCACGAUCAUGCCGGUGAGCAAUGCUCUCACGAGGGCCAUAUUGAAACGUAUGGAGGAUUGCGUUGCUCUCAACACGUCAAGGAUGUCAACAUUAUUAAAUCCUCUCGACGCAAGAGCGAUCCAAUCUCAAGCCACACUCCCCGCAGAAGUGGGCGAAUUGCGGGUGAGGAAGCAGAUAUAGCAAAAGUAGACUGGGAGAAAAGGCCAGAGGCUAAUGCACCGAGGAGCCCGCGCCUCAAGAGGAAAACGUCUGCCCCACCUAGUAGCGCCGAGAGACCGAGGAAAUUUCCAAGAAAAGACGAGGAAGUAGCACAGAUAGCAGAAGCGAACAGACACUCCGGGGGAGGAAAGCACACAAGUGCACUAACGAAGACUAAAUAUCCACAGGUUGUUUUUCAGCCUAAAGGAACCUCAGGGCGACAGACCCCGUCACCAAUCGCCAGGUCAUUUGAAGGACGUGCGGGCAGACCCCGCAAAAACAAAAGUGACCCCCCUGAGGAACCAGACCCCCCUGAGGAACCAGCCGACGUUGAAACAGUAGACAGCGAUACAUCAAUGACACCCGAACACCAAGGAGACUCCAACAAUGACAAACGUCAACCAAACCCCCGGCGCAAGCAUCGAAGCCUGGCAAAGGAUUCAAGGACAACUCACCCAAUCGAUCAGGGGCAGGAAUCCCUCUUCGUUCCCGAGCUACCAUCUCCCACACCCCAGACUAGCCCACCAAUGUCAUCUGGGAGACAUGCUGCUCGUACAACUCUCAGCGUUCGCGAUAAGCUAGCCCAAACCUUGUCACUCUAUGAAUCAGGUAGUCCACCACAAGACGCAAAGGAAGUUGAGCCGGUCAAAGACUAUGUGGAGACUAGUGAGGAUCAAGAGCCUGGCCCAGGCCAUGAGGAAGAGGUCAAUGACGAGGAGGUCACAACCUACCCCGCCGGACUGGAUCAAAUUAUUGAAUUCGCUAGCUCUUUGAAGCGAAAGGGAAACUGCCAGGCCCGCGACGGCUUUAAGAUCAGGCGUGCAUGCAGAGAUGCAUGGAAGAUUGUGGAGAGUGAGGAUGUGUCGGAAAAAGAGGUUAUCGACACGAUUCAAAAUAUCCGGAAAAUGCUUGCCAGCACUCACCGCAUCAGAAACAUAGAUGAUCAAAAGAACUUCAAGGGUGAUGCUUAUGCAUUUCUCUUCCGUUCACUUGUACUAUUCCUUGGGAGCGUUUACGAGUGGACGAAAGCGACGUAUGGGGAAUCCGUGCUUUCUCUACAAACUCUCCGCAUUCUUGCUCCACUGAUCAAUGCCAUUAUCUUAUUCAAGGACAUGAUAGCUUCCUGGCGGCACAUCAAGAUAGACCAGCGCUAUAAAGGAGACGGCAUGACGAAAAACAUCGAAUCAAACAUCAUCGCGCCCCUCCGGAAAGUUGAGAAACUGUACCGCGACGAGCUCGGCCGUCUUGAAAACAACGAAAGGCUAAAAAGGAUAGAAGAGGAAUAUCUCGCCAAAUACCAAGAGCAAGAUAGAAUCAACCAGAGGAUAGCCAACACCAUUAGGCUUCGGAAUCAGAGGUGGAGCCGGUGGCAAGACCUACAUCUUCAUCGUAUGCAAUGUGAACCUGAGCCCACAAGACACCGUCGACUCCACAUAACGCCUAUCGAAGACUUUGAAGAGCGCGAUGCGAAUGGAGUGAGGUUUGAGCGUCUGCCUCUCUUCCGUAAUCGCCUUACGCUACCGAAUCUUCGUGCUUCGCCGGAUGAGGAGAGGGAUUGGACGGAUGAGCAGAUGACGGCUUUAGUGGAUGGGUUGAGGGAAUUUGCUGGUCCAUAUGUCUUCGAGCGAAUCUUCCAGACAUUCUGCAAGCCCGAGGGCGUGCUUCGCGAUCUCACAGUUGCAGAGAUCACAGCGCAAGCUGCUUCUCUUCGGUCUGUCAUCAUGGCAGAUGAUCAGAGUGCUGGGCGGGAAUCAGAGGCUUGGGUGAAGAAGAUCCCACUUCUUCCGUGAUUGGUUGGCUCCACUAGCAAAGUGGAGUAGCUUCUUGAAUUUACUGUGAUGUGCUGCUUGAAUGACUGGUGAUGAUUGAAACGAAAUGACUCCGUUUGCGGGAUGGCUCUCCGUCUUGGCGCACUUAUGUACGGACUAGCGUCAUAGGAUGCUGCCAUAGUGACCUCAUACAGCAGUAUCUAGCUGAGGUGUUGAUUUUGGUACCUGGUUAGAUGGAUCGGCUUGGAUAGUGAUCUGUGGCAACUAGGGUAACGAUUAGUAUCUGG